AUGGAGAUAUGUGCAGAUGAUUUCAUCUUCAACCCACAAAAUAAAAUUGUAGUAACAUCAGGAGAAGUUCUGAGCAGUUUCUCACCACAAAGGAUCUCUGCAGAGCUUAGAGCAAAUCAGAAGCAUUACAUAAAUUUUACCUACGAAGUGCAGAAUUUGCCACUAGAUCUCUAUGUACUGAUGGAUCUGUCUGGCUCAAUGACUGAUGAUAAAGAUAAAUUAUCCAGCCUUCAGCAAUCACUAGAAGAAUUUAUGAACAACAUUACAUCAGAUUACAGAAUUGGAUUUGGCGCCUUUGUGGAUAAACCCACAGCACCAUACAUCAGGACGCACGAGGACUGGAUAAAACAUCCAUGCAGAAAUCGAAGUGUCCCUUGUGAUCCAGCUUAUGAAUUCAGAAACCACUUGAGCCUACAAAAAAAUAUCACGUUGUUCACUGAAACAGUUCGAAAAGUGAACAUGUCUGGGAACUUUGAUGCUCCAGAAGGAACUUUAGAUGCAGUCCUCCAGGCUGUCACAUGCACAGAACGCAUCAACUGGCGCAACAACUCUCGCAAGGUGGUGUUGGUAGCCACAGACAAUGGAUUUCACAUAGCUGGUGAUGGCAAGUUAGGGGGCAUCAUAAUUCCAAAUGACGGUGACUGUCAUUUAGAUAGUGAAGGCUACUAUUCUAUGUCAGUAUCGCAGGACUAUCCUUCAAUAUCUCUAAUUACUCAGAGAGUUCAAGAAGAAUCUGCUCAUGUAAUUUUUGCUGUGACAAGCAAUAGAAUUGAAGUGUAUCAAGAACUGGAGAAAUUAUUACUGGGAUCAAGAGUUGAAGUUUUAUUGGAGGAUUCUUCCAACAUAGUUACACUAUUGCAAAAUCAAUACAAUGAAAUUUCUGCAUCUGUUGAACUGAAAGAUGAUGCAGAAUAUGUAUCUGUAACAUACUACCCCAAAGGACCAGAUGGAAGUGUGUCAGAAGGUAAUAAAAUAUCAAUGCUGAAGAGUGGUGAUAUAAUCAAUGUGACAGCAGAAAUUAUUGUGAAAGACCCACCAAAUAUGAAUGAUUUAAUGUGGAAAGAAAAUUUUCAUAUAAUGGCAGUUGGUAUAAGGGACAGCAUUGCAGUGGAUUUACAAGUGUUCACUGACUGUCCUUGCAGUAAGGAAAAGAAGCCUAAUGCCUCUGAAUGCAAUGAAAUGGGAACUCUCGUAUGUGGGAACUGUGCAUGCAAUUCAGGUAGAUUUGGAGAAAGGUGUGAAUGCAAUGGUACAGAUAUUUUAGAUGAUGAAGAAGUUUGUCGUAGCAGCAACUCCUCUGAAAUUUGUUCAGGACGAGGACGAUGCAUUUGUGGAAAGUGUUACUGUGAAGAAAAAGAGGUUAGUGGUUCCAAAUGUGAUACUCUAAGGGAUUGUGUUAAAUGCAUGGUUGACAAUGAAGUAGUCAAGGAUCAGUGUGUAAACUGCAACUUCACUUUCACACUGACAGAGAGUGUUGAAGUCAAUGAAGAAAAGAAUGAGGUCCAGUGCUUCAUAGAAGGUGAAUGCAAACGUUCAUUUGUGUACUACACAAAUGAAAUUAAUGGAGAAGUAGUGGUACGAGCAUCAAGGAAUGAAAUCUGUCCUCAGAGGGCCAACAUAGCUUUCAUAUCUGGAAUUUUUCUUGGAGCAGCUCUCCUGCUGGGAAUCAUAUGUCUCAUUAUAUGGAAGUUGCUGACCAACUAUUAUGAUCAAGUGCAGUAUGCAAAAUUCGAAGAAGAAGCAAAAAGAGCCAGAAUGAAUGCAUUUUGGAGGUCUUACAGUAUUAAAGAUGCCAUUUUCAAUGUUGCCAGUGCAUGGAGUGAUUUGUCAGUGUCAAAUCUCAAGAACGGCUGGAAUAAACUUUGGCCUCAACCUAGAGGUGAAGAAUCGGAGAAACCCGAGUGUGUGACAGUUGACGAGAUGGUCAAUUUGUGCAAUAAUUUACAAAUCAGCAAAAAUUUGACGUCAGAAGAAGUAUCAGAGUGGUUAGAGUGUGACAAAGUGGACGGGGGUUUUCAAAUUUUGAGUGAUGAUGAAAUUGUUGCCAGCGUAAGUGCCACCAAAGAAGAAGAAGAAGAAGAAGGGGCUGAUGAAGACGAGUGUUCAAACCAUUAA